UUACUGAGCUCAAAAUAUAAUUCUGUUGAAUUUUCAACAACAUGAGUUCACAUUGGCGUGCGGUCCCGCAGACGGAAGUCUCACGGAUUCUUGGUACUGAGAACAUUGGAUAUACUCAGGAGGAACUGCUCAACUUUCUUUCGAAAUCAAGCAUUCAAACGGAAUGCCAAUUUGCGUUUAAGUCUUUUGACACAUUUAAGGUAGCCAAUAGUUUCAUAGAUGUCGUUCGUAAGCUUCGAUCCUACGACACAAAUCUCAAAGUUCUACGGGACUACUUUGUGGUUUCCAUGAUGAUGUUGAGCAUCAAUCGAGAUGAUUCGCUGGCGCAUCAUAAAUGUAUUUCGCUAGCAAAUGCCGUCUGCAACGUACAACCUGAACUCAUUCCAGAAAACGCUCAGUAUAUUGCACAGUAUAUGAUCCGCAAGUUGAUACUUGGAUCAGGAAAACGUUUGAUGGCCAACAUCAGUUAUAUAGAAUUCGGCCUACCGACCUUUUCGUUGGCCAGCAAGUCGGGUGCAGAUAUCGCCGAUGCUCUCUCAAUACUUAUUCUGACGAAUUUGACUAAUGAAAAAAUCAAAUAUGGAGAAGGAAUUAAACAAAUUUUUAAAGCCAUGCAACUCAUCCUCUGGACCGAGCUCUUGCAGAAAAAUGACCUUGAGGAAAUGUUUAUUAUCAUCCGACUAUUCGUCUUGAUGCUGCAAAAUAAGGAGAGGCGUAACAAGGGCUGGACCAAAGAGACCCAAAUCGAAAUUAUACAAUAUUUUCGGCACCUUCGCCUGCAAAUUCAUUUGACGGUAAAUACUGAUUAUGGUAAAACGCUGGAACGCUAUAUUGCCUUUGCUGUGGAGGCCGGCGCCGAAAACUGCAAAUCUAAUUUCCUUACUGACGUAAAGAUUAAAAGUACCCCUCGGGUAGAAUUCAACUUUCUACAAUCGACUGAAAGUUCGACAUAAAAGGUUGCGUGAUAUUAGUUCUAAAAAAUAGACACAAUCUGAUUGUUAAAUCGCAUUUACGUUGUUAUAAUUCAGUACAAAUUUAUUUACAUUACAAUAAAAGAGGCUCUAAAUGUC